UAAGCGCAGCGCAAUCUUCGGUCCUCACCGGUCGGCGUGUGUCCGUCCCUCUGUCUGGUGACCUACUCCGCAUUUGGUCCCCCUGCAGGUUUGUCCAUCAUGUCCCGCUGUCUUGGGCUGGCUCGGUUCGUCCUCGGUUCUUCUCACAGGACCAGUUUGAAGUUAAAUUCUUGCACUCGAGGACUUAGUAGCCUCAAAUUCUCCGGAGAUCCUCCAGUUAGUCAGCAGCAGCAGAGGUGGACCAGGCGACCCACUGUGUGGAGGCCUCUGUGUUUCUCUCCAGGCUUCAGUCGGCAGGCUUACUACAGCACCCAGGAGGUGGAAAAAGAGCCAGAGGAGGAACCUUUACACAACAUCAUCACUGACACAGAGUCUGUGGAAGGCAGUUCAUCUAAACAUGAGUUUCAGGCUGAAACAAAGAAACUUCUGGACAUCGUUGCCAGGUCUUUGUACUCUGAGAAAGAAGUUUUCAUCCGGGAGCUGAUCUCUAACGGGAGCGAUGCUCUGGAAAAGCUGCGGCACAAAAUGAUCACAGCGGGUGGGGAAACGGCUCCGAUGGAAAUCCAUCUGCAGACAGAUGGUGCUAAAGGAACCUUCACCAUUCAGGAUACAGGAGUUGGUAUGAACGAGGAGGAGCUGGUGGCCAACCUGGGAACCAUCGCCCGCUCUGGAUCCAAGGCAUUUUUAGAUGCUCUGCAGAACCAGGCAGAGGCCAGCAGCACCAUCAUUGGUCAGUUCGGGGUAGGUUUCUACUCUGCCUUCAUGGUGGCAGACCGGGUGGACGUCUUCUCUCGCUCCGCUGAGCCCGAUUCCCCCGGAUAUAAGUGGUCCUCUGAUGGCUCUGGGCUCUUCGAGAUCGCUGAAGCGAGCGGCCUUCAGCAGGGAACAAAGAUCGUGCUGCAUCUCAAAGACGACUGUAAGGAGUUUUCCUCUGAGGACCGAGUAAAAGAGGUUGUGACAAAGUACAGCAACUUUGUUAGUUUCCCCAUCUUCCUGAACGGCCGCAGGCUCAACACUCUGCAGGCUUUGUGGAUGAUGGAGCCUAAAGAGAUCAGCGACUGGCAGCACGAGGAGUUCUACCGCUACGUCGCACAGGCCUACGAUCGGCCGCGCUACACGCUGCACUACCGCGCGGACGCCCCGCUCAACAUCCGCAGCAUCUUUUACGUCCCCGAAGCGAAACCGAGCAUGUUCGAUGUGAGCAGAGAGAUGGGCUCAAGCGUGGCUCUGUACAGCAGGAAGGUCCUGAUCCAGACCAAAGCCACAGACAUCCUGCCCAAGUGGCUGCGCUUCCUUCGAGGUGUGGUGGACAGCGAGGACAUCCCUCUAAACCUGAGCAGAGAACUGCUACAAGAGAGCGUCCUCAUCAGGAAGCUUCGAAAUGUUCUGCAGCAGCGAGUGAUCCGCUUCCUGCUGGACCAAAACAAGAAGGAUCCAGAGAAAUACAACAAGUUCUUUGAGGACUAUGGGCUCUUCAUGAGGGAGGGCAUCGUUACCACCCAGGAACAGGACGUAAAGGAGGACAUCGCAAAGCUGCUGAGGUUUGAGUCGUCAGCUUUGCCGGCCGGCCAGCAGACUAACCUGAUGGAGUAUGGAUCCCGCAUGAAGGCCGGCACGCGUAACAUCUAUUACCUGUGUGCUCCUAACCGACAUCUGGCAGAGCACUCGCCUUAUUUUGAGGCCAUGAAAAAGAAGGAUAUGGAGGUCCUGUUCUGCUACGAGCAGUUCGAUGAGCUGACCCUGCUUCACCUGCGGGAGUUUGACAAGAAGAAGCUGAUCUCAGUGGAGACGGAUAUCGUGGUGGAUCACUACAAGGAGGAGAAGUUCGAGGACAGCACGCCAGCAUCGGAGCGGCUGACACAGGAGCAGGCCGAUGACCUGAUGGCCUGGAUGAGGAACGCUUUGGGUCCCAGAGUCACCAACAUUAAGCUGACUCCUCGACUCGACACUCAUCCCGCCAUGAUCACGGUGCUGGAAAUGGGCGCGGCCCGCCACUUCCUCCGAACCCAGCAGCUUGCCCGCACUGCUGAGGAGAGGGCCCAGAUCCUGCAGCCCACCCUGGAGAUCAACGCAGGACAUGAUCUUAUCAAGAAGCUGCACUCACUGAAGGACACCAACUCAGAGCUGGCUGGAUUGUUACUGGAACAGAUCUACGACAAUGCCAUGAUUGCAGCAGGCUUGAACGAUGACCCACGGCCCAUGAUAUCCCGCCUCAAUGAGCUGCUGACCAAAGCGCUGGAGAAGCACUGACCGCUCCCCUCACACUGAUUCAGUUUGCGGACUUCCUUGUUGCUGCACCAGCAGGCAUGAAAACGAGCUCCAAGAAGCUCCUUCAUCUGGUUCUGUGGCGUUUGAUACGUUUCCUCCAUAAUUUGUUUGGACAAUCUUCCCGGCUCAUUUUUGAUGGACUCGCAUUCCAUUAAUGUCGGAUAGUUGGAAGGUAGUUUGAAUGUUUUCCCAUCUAAUUCUGAAAGAGCUAUACAUGGGGAUAAGGACUGAUGAUGACAGCUGCUUAUUUUUUAAUUAUUAUUUAAGUGGAAAAAGCAGACCCACUGAAAUAAAAAAGGUAAACCCAGAAGUCUUGGAACAAUUUUUUUUACUGCAGUCAAAAUGUCUCUGCUGUAACCAUCAACAACACCAGAAACCUUCUCCUGCAUCCAGUCUUUCAGAAAGGCUGCAGUAGUUCUCAGCAGCUUUGGGUUCAGGGUCCCAGAACCAUCAGUCCGUUUUCACCACCUGAGCGCGGUCUGAGCCAUCACACCAACAGAGCAGGCUUCAUUUCCUCUGGGUGAGCUAUUCCUUAGUCUUCACCUCCUGACUGGCAAAGAGCACCUGAUCCAUUCUGGAAUGUCAGGAUAACUUAUCGAUGUUUGCUAAGAAGCGCUGGGCCCACCAUUCAUCCAGAUCUAUGGGCACAAAGCCUGAAAAGGAGGAAAAGAGUUUUAAGUGACUCGAGUUUAAAAAUAAAAAAGUAUUUCUUAUAA